AUGGCCCACAAACGCAAGCGAUCCGUCUCUGAGCUCUGCGCCUCUCCCUCAUCCGUCUCAUCCUUCGACUCUCCUCCUCGACUCGGCAACUCCAUCACCAAUCCUUUCGCGAUCAUGGCAUCGACGCCUAUUCAUCUUCACAGUCGAACCAUGAAGCGAUUCCGCGAUAAUCGACCUUCAGAAGAGACGAUUCAUGAACGUACUCUCAACAUGCUUUACUCUGCGCAGAGCCAGCGUCAACACACUGAACUUCCGUCUGAGAACAUACAAGUACCACUCGAACCUGCUCGACCUGAAUCAAACCAACAAUCUCUCCACCGGUUCUGGAACAUCUCUUCGGCGCCUUCAGCCCCAACAACCAGCCUGGGCCAAACACAACUCACCCCCUCGAACUGCGACGACUGUGGUGCCAGUCUCAACAGUGGCAAUGAUGGCAUGGACAUCGAUGGUAUCAACAACGAGGAUCACUCGUGCAGUGCUUGUGGCAAGCAUGUCGAAACGAUCGACCUACACGUGCGACAUGGAACAGAGUUACUGCAUCAAUGUUUUGAUUGGAUAUUGUAUGGAACUGGGUAA